AUGAGUGUUUUAAAAAAGUACGAUAAGAGUUUCUUUACUUGUUCUAUUUGUCUAAGUGAUGAAUUUUCAAAUGGAGACCAACUUCCCUUAUAAUUGAAUUGCGAUCAUAUCUUUCAUAUUUCUUGCUAUAAUAGUUUACUCAAUCAUAAAAUGUGUAAAGUAGCCAAUUGUCCUAAUUGCAGAAGAAAGUCAUGCGCAAAACGAAUACCUUAUGAGAUAUUUGAAAAAAGUCAAUAAAUAUUUUUGGAAUGUCCAUUAUUCGAACAAAUUAUAAUUCUUUGGAUUAACAAUGAUUCAACCUUCAAAGACAUCAUUAUAUAACUUUCCAUAUUAAAAGGAGAAUCGUUUGAUCAAUUAAAAUUUUAGAAGUAAUUGUAUUUCAUAAGCCCUGUAGGGAAAAUAAUUUCUUAUGAUGUAGCAAAAUCACAUUAUGUUUAAGACUAUGCUAUUGCAGGAUAGCAAAAAUUAAUUCUAAGAUUGAUCCCUAUAAAUCAAGAUUAUGAAUAAGAGUAAUGA